GUGUUUGAAAACGUGUGAAAGCCUAAUCAUUAAUAAACAAUAGGAGAAAUAAUGUACAAACGUAUAGAUGGUCGUCGUUUAGUGCAGAAUGCGGGAGAAAAAGUAAUUCUACUUGGAACUGUCGUAAAAACAGGUUUUCAGGGUAAAAAUAUAGAAUUAAGAACAACUGAUGGUGUACAUGUUAAUGUGACUUUGCCAGAGUGUAUUGAUGAGAACACUGAAGGAUAUAUAGAAGUGCAUGGCACAUUGCAAUCAAAAUCCACAAUGGCCUGUCAUAGUUACAUAUUAUUUCCACUGAGUAUGACAGAAAAGUUUGAUGCUGAUCAAUAUAACGAAUUGAUGGCUAUACUGAAUGUAUUAGGACCAGGAAAAUGGAAAAUUUCAGAAAAUGAUACAGGAUAUUAAGUUAUAAUUAAUAAACAGUUAUAAAUUCUUAUAAGAAUACAAUUGUCCUUACACACAUAAUUAUCUGGGAAUUGAUGUUUCAUAAUAAAAUUAAAUGAUGAUGUUGCACAGAAAUUGACGAUCCU